UUAAAACGAAUUGUACUUAUUAUAUUUAUAUUUAUGUUAUAAUUGUUAUUCCUGUUUCCGUGUGUGUUAUAGUACUUUUUUAUUGCUGUAAAGAUUAAUUUUAAAGAACGGAUCGAAUAAUUUGAUAUCUACCAAUAAUUUGACAUCGUGAGAAAAGGUUGUCUUUUGUCUACAACUAAGCAAGUUAAGAUAAUGACUUCAAUUUUUGAGAAUCCCGGAUUUGAGAUGCGGGACCUAGUGCAGCGCGGCAACACGCUGCAGGCCACGUUAAUCGUCACUAACUGCAAUAAAGAGUUCCAAACGAAGAGCAGCUCCGUGAUGACAAUCAACGGCGCCGCCAAAUUCCAGGUGGUGCUCAUCGUAUCCUGUAAUCAACACAUCUAUUACAACCUUAUCUUUAUAAGAUUCUAUAAAGUCCGCAAAGACGACGACCUCAUGUACACAAUCACCUUGUCCAGCAGUUACUUGCAGAUUGAAAACAAAAUAUUUCACGCCGACGACGGAACCUGGCAUCUCAUAAAAGAAAUUAAAGCAAGGCAGUAUAGUUUCGAUAUAAAUGUUGUGAUGAACAUAGUGGCGUGCAGCACGUUCGCCGCGCUGUACGACGACGAGGAUCUUAUGGACUUCGAGCUACGCGGCGAGGACGGGGCCGUGCGCGUGCACCGCGCCGUGCUGGCCGCCUGCAGCCCCGUGCUGCGCCGCAUGCUCAGCGGCGGCUGGCGCGAGACCACCGAGGGACACGUGGACGUCCCUGGCACAUCCAUGAAGACACUCCAAGACUUUAAGAGCUACAUAUACAAACACAUUCUGCCUGACGCUGGCCUGGAGCCCAUUCUGUUACUGGCCUCGUAUUAUAUGAUGCCGGGACUGGAACAGAUGUGCGUGAACCGGUUGGUGGGCUCGCUGGUUGCGGAGAACGCGUGCGAGUUGUUGCACUUCGCGGCCAAGCACCGCCUCACGCGGCUACUGCUCGCCGUCCUGGACUACGUGCAGAGGGGGGUCAUUAGCGUCGACGACAUACGCAAACACUCCAUGCGCACCACACGCCCAUGUGAUGGCGCAGAGGCUGGAGUAAGUAGCUCGACUGACAUCGCUGCUCCAGCAAGCCAGUGCAGAUCCGAUGUGAACCCGAUGGCCGUGCCCACAUCUACUGACAAUGUUUAAUAGUAAAUGUAGUAAACCAACAAUUACGCUGGAAUCUGUAAGCUUAGCUUAAUAAAAAGUUGUCGUCGUUUGGCAUUUCCCCGCCACUUUUAAAUUGGGCGUGGCCGGCGCCAUCUCUGAUUUGUUGACGCAAAAAAUAUGUCCUUCAUAAAGAGUUUUAAGUUUCGUUUUUACUUAAGACAGGUAUUUAUAUAUUGUUUUAAAAAAAAAAAGUUAAUUUCUUAAUAUUGCACGUCUUCAGAGAAGAUUGUGGUUAAAACACUUUUAUCCUAGAAAAACAGAUUUGUAUUAAAUAUUGUGUACUUAGUACAAUUUUUAUUAUAAGAGUUAAGAAUAUUACAAUAAUAAGGAGAUCAGUUAUAAUUGCGAGGUGAUUCUCUGAUAUUUAAGACUGAUUCAUCACUCGUGCUUCAUUUGUUAGACAACUUGUACAUGAUUCUAUUUUCCACGAAAAAUUGUAAGAAAUUUGUAGCCUUUUCUGUCUUAUGUUAAAAAAAUAAGCUCCUGUAAGGAAAUUUUAAGUUAGUAUUUGGUUAUAUUUAAACCAGAAAGUGUUAAGAAUGAAUGUGGAUGGCUACAAAAGAAGAGGAAGACCGAAGAAAGUAUGGAUGGAUUGUG